AUGCGCAUCCCACUCUUCAAGCGCGUCAUCAUUGCGCUCCUGAACAUUUUUUUCCCACCCCUUGCGGUCGCCCUCCUCUGCGGGCCCAACGAAGACCUAGUUUUGAACUGCGUGCUCUUCUGCCUGGCCGUCAUUCCGUCUCACGUCCACGGCUUCUACAUAUCCCUGACAUAUUUCAACCGCAAGCGGCGCGCGCGUCGAGGCGUCUAUCCCGGCGCCAAGAAGUCCGGCAUCUGGUCCGAGAAAGUCAACACCGGUGGCAUCGGACGCCGCGAGGCCGAGAGGCUGAAGUACGAGAAGGAAGAGGAGAAACGGCUGGCCAAGGCGGCCAAAGCCGAGAGGCCCAGUAGCCUAGGAAGGAUGCUUAGUGGGUUGAGCACGCCGAGGAGCGAGACCAGCCGGGUCGUCGAGGAAUGGGAUGAUGGUGGUUCCCCCGGUGGGUUUUACAAGGAGUAUGAAGACGAUGCGUCGGAGAGGGUAGGUGUGCAGAACCGGAGGAGUACCGGCAUGGGGUCUCGUCGAUCGUCUGGGAGGGGAAUGCCGCGCACGAGUCAUCGUGCGAGGAGGGAGAGGCCGAGGUAUUAUGAUGAUGAGGUAGAUUAUUGA